GCUCGCUUUUUCCAUGCGCGACGUUGCCCUAGCAACCAGGCUACAGGGACGCAGCUUCCAAGCCACAGGCUACCAAGCCCAGGGCUCUUCCCCAGCCCUGCUGGCUUCUGGCACCAUGUCGGUGCGGACGCUGCCGCUGCUCUUCUUAAACUUGGGUGGGGAGAUGCUCUACAUCCUGAACCAGCGCCUGCAGGCCCAGAACAUCCCGACCGAUAAGACCCGCAAAGUUCUGAACGACAUCAUCUCCACCAUGUUCAACAGAAAGUUCAUAGAGGAGCUGCUGAAACCCCAGGAGCUCUACUCGAAGAAGGCCCUGAGGACUGUGUACGACCGCCUGGCUCACGCCUCCAUCAUGAGGCUGAGCCAGGCCAGCAUGGACAAGCUGUACAACCUGAUGACGAUGGCUUUCAAAUACCAAGUGCUGCUGUGCCCCCGCCCCAAGGACGUGCUGCUGGUUACCUUCAACCACCUAGACGCCAUCAAGGGCUUCAUCCAGGACUCCCCAGCCAUCCUGCAUCAAGUGGACGAGACUUCCCGGCAGCUCAUAGAAAUCUAUGGGAGCCUCUCUGCGGGGGACUUCCAGCUGAUCCGGCAGACGCUGCUCAUCUUCUUCCAAGACCUGCACAUCCGAGUGUCCAUAUUUCUAAAGGACAAAGUUCAGAACUCUAACGGCCGCUUUGUGUUGCCGGUGUCCGGGCCCGUCCCCUGGGGAACUGAAGUCCCCGGACUCAUCAGAACGUUCAACAGCAAAGGCGAGGAAGUGAAGACAGCAGAGUUCAAGCACGGCGGGAACUAUGUCCCUGCAGCCCAAGAAGGGUCUUUUGAACUUUAUGGAGACCGAGUCCUGAAACUGGGAACUAACAUGUACAGCGUGAAUCCACCCGCGGAAGCCAAGACGUCUACAGCCUCAGACAGCGCAGCCUCACGGACCCCGGAAAGCAUUGCUCCAAACCCUCUUGCUAAGGAAGAGCUGAAUUUGUUGGCCAGGCUGAUGGGAGGAAUGGAAAUUAAGACACCCAGUGGCCCUGAGCCAGGAUUCCGGCUGAAUCUCUUUACCACUGAUGAAGAGGAGGAACAAGCAGCACUAGCCAGCCAGGAAGAGCCGUCCUGUGAAGUCAUCGACAUACAGGCUACCCAGGACCCACAACGGGGAGAAGAGCUGGCCCGGAUCAUGGGAGAGUUCGAGAUCACGGAUGAGCCGAGGCGGAGCACCAGCAAGGGGGACGACCUGCUCGCCAUGAUGGACGAGCUGUAGUGGGGCCCCCCGGCACUCUGUGCCCUGCCGGGGAGGGGCUGCCUAUGUGACCACCCUGGGAACAUCCCAAGGUCCAAAGUGAUGCUGCUAGUUUUCCGCUGAAUGAGCCGUUAGCGCUCGUGCCUGUUGAUGUCCUAGAACUGUGCCAGCCUCCCUCCGAGCGCACUUACCUUGAAGGCACACACAUAUACAUAUUUUCAGCAAAAUAUACUCUGCUUUGAAACUGGA